AUGUUGCUGCUAAUCGUGGUUCCACAAGUAAAUGCCCAAGACUCACUAACCCCAGCAGUCUGCAGAAGAAGAUCGAAGCGGACAGAACCAUCACAGUCCACACUACAUAGGACGUUGGUGGUUCCAGUUAGGACCGAAAUUGCUUCAGUAUACGCACCCGUGGUUGUGGCGGUAACAUCUGUGGAAAAGCAGACAGCAUCACCGUUGGCCAUGGCCAUCAAUGUCAUGAUGGUAACAGAAAAGAGAGGGAGUGAAGUGAUCUUCAUCUUUGUGGUGGGCAGCCUCUAUGGGAAGUUUCGUAAAAACAACUCUAGCUAG